CCCCCCCGCGUCUAUUUUUUACCUCCACUUCUGCUGGUUAAAGGCCUUUUUCUCCCUCCUCCCUCGCGUCGUCCCCGGCGGCCGCCCGGGCGUCAUUCUCGUCUCUCGGCCACCAUGACGACGAUGGACAAGGGCCGGGCGCUGCCCAAGUUUGGGGAGUGGGACGUGAAGAAUCCGGCGUCGGCGGAGGGCUUCACGGUGAUAUUCCAGAAGGCUCGCGACGACAAGAAGACGACCGGCCCCGGGAACGCCAGGGUGGGGAUACCGCCGGCCUUCCGGAGCACCGACGACGACGGCGGCUACAGGCCCGAAUUCAAGCCCGCCGAGAGCUACCAGCAACACACGCCGCCCAAGCGCGUCAAGAAGAAGUGGGCAUUCUGCGCCGGGUGUUGAUUUUCUGGCUUCUGCUGCUGUUUUUUCGGAUGAGGCGGAUCGCAAUUAUUCACAAUUGCCGCACCAGAAGUAUUCCUGAUGGGAGCAAGAGCAAAAUAGGAGAGGAGGGGGGGGGGGGUGUUUCUGUGAUCAUGGUGUUCGAUCUCUUCACGUUUAUUUGACCAUGUUUCAUAUGAAUACAUUGCCCAUUUGUAUCGAGAAGGGGGCAGAAACCAAACUGAUUGCAGAUUCCGUCUA